AUGCCGCCGCGGUGGUUUCACGUCCCCGGGAGCGGCGCGCGGGACGCGCAGAGGCCGCCGGAGGGCCUCGUCACGUCCACCCAUCUGUCGUCCUCGCUGCUGCUGCAGCGGAGCUCGUUGCUAGACCACGGCGGUACUGCGGACGCUUCUGCACAUGAGCUGGGGUGUGGCGGCCGAGACGCUGACGGGAGCUGCUGGGGCAUCGUUGGGCCCUCCCCUGCGACGCAGCCGCAGCAGCCUUUCGCCCCGCGCGGUGGCGCGGGCACAUGCGACACUCGCUCGCUGGGGAGCCUCCUCCGCCACCCCGACCUGCGUCCCACGCGCGACACGAGCGCAGACGACACGUCGUCAACAGAGGUGAGUCGCCUGCUUCGUCAUUACCGCGACGAGAACGCGCGGCUGCGCGAGCAGCUCAAGGCGAAAGAGCUGCACGAGGCGCACAUCAUGGCGAGGCUCGAGGAGACAAGUCACAGGUGCGCACACCUGCAGCUGGCAUGGCAGCGCGCCAGCGGUGACACACCGAGCUUGCUGUUGGAGAGCGCAGGUGAGAAGCCGGGUGCUGUGCAGAGUGUGGGCAGCCACGGUGGGGAGGCUGAGGAGACGGUGCAGUCGCGCCUCGCGCAGAAGGAGGCUGAGGUGCGCGAGCUGCAGGGACGCGUGGAGGCGUACCGGGAGGCGUUGCAGCGCUCUCGCGCCCACGCGGCGCUCUCGGCGGAGGAGUGGCGGGCAGCUCCUGCACCCGCCACCUGCACCGCAGGCAACAGCACCGCUGUCAGCGUCUCGCCCACAUCGCUCCACGUGCUCCUCUUGCAGUCCCUCAACACCGCCGACUACCUCGUGAAGGUGUUCAACGCGCUGCAACACUGCCACUGCACGCGGCACGGGGAUGCCCACGGGAGCGCCAGUGACUGCUGUCGCCGCAGCCUCCACGACUGCAAGGUGCGCUGCCUCCAGGCAGCCGUGAAGGGCGCACCCAUCAGUUCCGAGCUGCUGGAGCUGGAGGGCGGACCGGAGAACGACACGGCCGCCGCAAACAUGGAAACGGCUGUCGCGGUUCGAGAGGAGCUGCUUUACUGCGAGGCCGUGGCCGUGCGCCUCGCGGCCUCCCUGCUGAGCCGCGAGAAGUCUGCCGACGAUGACGCUGCUCCGCCUGCCACCACCAAAGCCGCCGCCGCCGCACCACCAGAGAAAGCAGCGUCACUGCCUCCCCUCUCCGCACUUGGCUCACUGACUGCGCUUGGGGUCGCCGAGCCCGUCGCUGUAGCGAAGGCGGCGGCAGCUGAAACCCACGACGACGGCGACGAUGAGGACGCGGGGGAGGGCGAGAGGAGCACGGAGGAGAACGGGCACGCCACGGUGUCGUACGUGGCUGCCGCGCGAGAGCCUCGACGCCGCCCUUCGCGAUGCCGUCCCGAUGUUGGCGACUGCGAGGUGCAGUAG